UGGUAUUAUUCCCUCCUCGGCUCCUCCGCAUCUCAACUCAUUCUUCUCACCGUCGCCGGACAAACAUGGCCGCUACUCAUUUCUAAAUGUUCCACUCUCUCUCUCUCUCACACACACCCACACACACGUUUGGUAAUACGCCCGCAAAUGGCUUCCUCGAUCUCAGCAAGUCUCUCUCUAAAGCUGCUGGCCCCACAGAGACUCGCCAAUCAAGACCCCCUUCUCAAACCCCCAUCCCUGUCCGCUCGCCUCCGCCCCCAGCGGGUGGCGCGUGAGGUUCCACCGACGAUCCUUCCUGACUCCGCCGUUCUGUCCCCGAAGCCGGCGGGGUUGGAGAAGGACCCCCGCGAGCUGUGGAAGAGGUACGUGGACUGGCUGUACCAGCACAAGGAGCUGGGACUCUACCUUGACGUCAGCCGGAUCGGGUUCACGGACAAGUUCUUCCGGGAGAUGGAGCCGAGGCUCCACAAGGCGUUUGGGGAUAUGGCGGAGCUCGAGAAGGGCGCGAUUGCGAACCCGGACGAAGGCAGAAUGGUGGGCCACUAUUGGCUCAGAAAUCCCAAUCUCGCCCCCAAACCUUUCUUGACGCAGCAGAUUGGAAAGACGUUGGAUAAACUCUGUGAUUUUGCGGAGCAGGUCGUCAGCGGCAAGAUUAGACCUCCUCUAAAGGAUAAAUUUACACAAAUCCUCUCUAUUGGAAUUGGUGGUUCAGCUCUUGGGCCACAGUUUGUUGCAGAGGCAUUGGCUCCUGAUAAUCCUCCUCUUAAGAUAAGAUUCAUUGACAAUACAGACCCAGCCGGCAUUGAUCAUCAAAUAGCACAGCUCGGCGGUGAGCUGGCGUCCACACUCGUGAUAGUGGUUUCAAAGAGUGGAGGUACUCCCGAAACAAGAAAUGGCUUGCUUGAAGUUCAAAAGGCCUUCCGUGAAGCUGGCCUGGAUUGUGAAACACUAAGAUUAAUGGAGAUGCUGAAGGAUAUUUUGCAUUAUUGUUGUCCACAGGGUGUUGCAAUCACACAAGAGAAUUCAUUGCUUGAUAACACUGCACGGAUUGAGGGAUGGUUAGCUAGGUUUCCCAUGUUUGACUGGGUGGGUGGAAGAACAUCUGUAAUGUCUGCUGUUGGUUUACUUGCAGCUGCGCUUCAGGGAAUCGAUAUUAAAGAGAUGCUUGCGGGUGCAGCAUUGAUGGAUGAAGCCAACAGGACCACACUCGUUAGAAAUAAUCCAGCGGCGUUGCUAGCUUUGUGUUGGUAUUGGGCAACUGAUGGAGUGGGAUCCAAGGAUAUGGUUGUCCUUCCAUACAAAGACAGCAUGUUAUUGUUUAGUCGGUAUUUGCAGCAGCUAGUCAUGGAAUCUCUUGGAAAAGAGUUUGAUCUGGAUGGUAAUAGGAUAAAUCAAGGAAUAACUGUUUAUGGAAACAAAGGAAGCACUGAUCAACACGCUUACAUUCAACAGCUCAGAGAUGGAGUCCAUAACUUUUUUGUGACCUUCAUUGAAGUUCUACGAGAUAGGCCACCUGGUCAUGAUUGGGAGCUCGAGCCAGGUGUUACCUGCGGUGACUACCUAUUUGGAUUUUUACAGGGAACAAGAUCUGCUUUAUAUACUAAUGACCGUGAGUCUAUCACAGUCACUGUGCAAGAAGUCACACCCAGAUCUGUUGGGGCUCUAAUUGCACUCUAUGAACGAGCGGUUGGGAUUUAUGCCUCAUUGGUCAAUAUCAAUGCCUACCACCAACCAGGAGUUGAGGCUGGAAAAAAAGCUGCGGGAGAAGUUUUGGCUCUUCAAAAACGUGUCCUUGUGGUACUGAACGAAGCAAGUUGUAAAGAGCCUGUUGAGCCGUUAACACUUGAAGAGAUAGCUGAACGUUGUCAUGCGCCGGAUGAUAUUGAAAUGAUCUACAAGAUUAUUGCGCACAUGGCAGCAAACGAUAGAGCUCUACUUGCUGAAGGUAGUUGUGGUUCACCCAGAAGUAUUAAAGUUUUCUUAGGGGAGUGUAGUGUUGAUGAGAUGUACUGAAUAAGAUGGUAUUUUCUAUUUUCCAUGAGUCGGCACCACAUCGUUAUGAACGUUGCAAGGAAGGAAAAGAUGAAUAAGAAAAGAUAGCUGAGAUUUGUUCCAUCUCUGCCAAUGAUUUAUCGAUGCUUUAUUUGUGAAUAAAAAUAAGGGCAUCUUCAAUUAUCUCGUCCUUGGACGUUUUCUACUAAAUACCCUUGAUGGUGAAAUGCUCUGAAAAAUGAAGUCCCUUUUGGAUGAAGGGAUAUUUUCAAACUAUGGGCUGGAAUGUAUUAUUUAUUAUAGUGGAAUUGUCUUUAUGUUACGAAUGCAAACCUACCCCUACUAUUAGAUAUUUAUGUAUUUGCUGCAGGGACCUGUAUAAAAUAAAAAUGAUUUAUUUUGGGAUGGUAUGAGUUGCUGGUUUAAUUAAAAAAUUUACCAGAUUCACGAUA